UGAAACAAGGAUUAGCAUUUUUAUUUUGAGACAGCGAAAAUUUCACUGUUUAACUGCCGUUUCUUCCACGUUAAAUCAAUCCAGGAUGGUUGAGCGUAUCGAAGAUCUUAAUCUACCUAAUGCGGUUGUUACUCGUUUGAUGAAAGAGGCUUUACCGGCCGAUGUAAAAAUUGCCAGCGAAACGCGAACGGCACUGACUCGUGCUACUUCAGUAUUUGUCCUGUACCUGACCUCCGCGGCAACCGCUGUGGCCCAACGGAACAAGCAGAAAACGCUUAGUGUAGAUCACAUCUUUGCUGGGCUGGAGGAAAUUGAGUUUGAAAGCUUCAUCAAGCCGCUAAAAAAGGAUUUGGAAAAUUAUCGCAAAUUGGUAAAAAACAAGAAAGAGAAAAAAGACAAACCGGAAGCAGAAGAAGCCCCUGAGGAAGCCACGGGUGAUUAGUUGAGUCGUACUUCUUUCGUAAAUAAGUAAUAAUUCACUAUUAUUUUUAUCAUAACAUGACUAUGAAAAUGCCGUUGUUGAAGUACGGUAAAAUUAAAGUUUUAUUCACCCGAGCUACAUUCAAAGCUGCUUCUGUAAAAAUAUGAUGAAUAAAACGACAUU